UUGCCCUUUACCUAUAUUAAAGGGCCAAACCUUCUCCAAGAGCUAGUUGUUAUUAGGGUUUCUGCCGUUCUCUCUCCUCUCAACCGUCGCCGCGGAGCAGCCAAGCCAAGGAAGAAGAAGAAGAUCAAGAUGCCUUCACACAAGAGCCUCAUCAUCAAGAAGAAGCUUGGUAAGAAGAUGAGGCAGAACAGGCCCAUCCCUCACUGGAUCCGUCUCAGGACUGACAACAAAAUCAGGUACAAUGCUAAGCGCAGGCACUGGCGCCGCACCAAGCUCGGGUUCUGAGGUUCUUCGCCCCAAUUCUCAAUGGCAUCUUUCAAUUUUGAUAGGGGUUUUAGAUUCGAUGUUUAUUGCUUAGCAUAUGUAAGAACUCUUAAGAGUCUAUCUUUUGUCCCCGGACGUGUGUUUUUUCACGAUUCCUUUAUUAACUUCUGGUGAUGUUCAGAAUUUUUA